GUCGCGAGGCUGCCCCCCGAGUGCUCGCGGCACCAGGCGGCCAUCACUCGCAGGCCGCGAGCCGGGUGCAGGAAAUCACUGCCCGCUGUUCCGCGCAAGGGCGUCCGCUCGUGAAACCGCACAGACUGGGGCACCCCAGCCGGAGGCCUUGGCCCUGGCCUUCGUUCUUUGUCACCUGUGCGCCCGCUGCACACGUCGUUUGGGUGGACAGGAGACCACCCCCUGUUGGGGUGCCGUGUGCCGCAAUCCCCCUGAGGGAACGAUGACCGAAUAUAAGCUCGUGGUGGUGGGCGCUGGAGGGGUGGGGAAGAGUGCCCUGACCAUCCAGCCUCUCCAGAACCACUUCGUGGACGAGUAUGACCCCACCAUCGAGGACUCCUAUCGGAAGCAAGUGGUUAUUGAUGGCGAGACGUGCCUACUGGACAUUUUGGACACGGCGGGCCAGGAGGAGUAUAGCGCCACGGACCAGUACAUGCGCACCGGAGGCUUCCUCUGUGUGUUUGCCAUCAACAACAAGUCCUUUGAGGACAUCCACCAGUACAGGGAGCAAAUCAAGCGAGUGAAGACUUCCGAUGAAGUGCCCAUGGUGUUGGUGGGGAACAAGUGUGACCUGGCCGCGCGCACCGUGGGUCCCGGCAGGCGCAGACCUCGCCCGCAGCUACGCAUCCCGUACAUCGAGACGUCGGCCAAGACUCGCCAGGGUGUGGAGGACGCCUUCUACACGCUGGUCCGAGAGAUCCGGCAACACAAGGUGCGGAAGCUGAGCCCGCCCGACGAGGGUGGCCCCGGCUGCAUGAGCUGCAAGUGCCUGCUCUCCUGACGU